CCUUGUGAGACACAGCCAUAUAAUAAUCUUCCAUGCAGACCUCCCGCUCGGUUAAUAAGAACUAAACCUUAAUUAUUGUUCUAUCAUCUGGAAUCACUGCGGCAAAAAGAAUGCUGAUAAACUGGAGAAAAUUAAUGAGAGAUUUCUCCGUUUUGUCUUCAAUGACUUUCACAACACUUAUGAUAGAUUAUUGGAUUACAUUAAUCAACCCUGUUUAUAAGACCGCAGAUUACAUGAUAUGUUGACUCUUACUUAUCGAGCCCUUAAUGGUAACACGCCUGUAUUUAUGAAGAAUCUACUCAAUGAAAGAGAUAUUUCUUACAACCUACGUGGCCAACGUCUUCUUAAUGUCCCCAGGGUUAAUACUACAAACUAUGGCUUACAUUCUUUCCGUUAUUCAGCCAGUAAACUCUGGAACUCGUUACCAAACUGACUUAGAACCGCACCUUCGACGAAAGCGUUUAAACUAGCUGUGAAUCAAAUUAAAUUUAAUCGUGAUUGUUGUUCUUUUUGUAAUUUAGCUUAAAAUUUUAAUAUCUUAUUUCUAUACAUAAUUGUUUAAGUCUAUUUAAUUUUUACUCGGGCUUUCGUGGGAAAGCCCGAGUCUAAAAAUACAAGCCGUUUUAAUUGGUCGCCAAAAUUCAAAAGGGGGGUCAUGGUCCCAGGCGUUCCUUGCGUAAACCGCGGAAACUGGGGAUGAGAGUGCGAUAACUUGUGUUAACGUGAGCUCGCGUUUGGUAAACAGCGUAAUUUACAGAAUGCUGUGUCUUAUGAAGAAUCCUGUCUUAUACGCUCAUCCCACAUGAAAACGCACACGCCGUUCGUGGAAGGCCCACGCUAAAUGAUGUUGUUUUCGGAAUGGUUGUUUCGGAAUGAUGCUGUUUUCGGAUGUUGUUUUCGGAAUUGGCCGGCCCACGAACUUCAUUGCUUGAAAGCUAGCCAAAUGUGGCAUGUGGAUAGUUCAUACUUGUUCUCACGAGAUAACAAAUGAGCCACAUGUGAGUUCAAACUACGAAAAUACUGGAAAAACUGUGAAGGCUGAUUUAACAACAGACUAUGAUGCCGAGACGAACACCUCGCUGAAAAGAAUCAAGAAUGUUCGUGAACAACUGUAAUACUGACAGAAGCAACUUAAAUAUGAUUUUCCCGCGCAAGUUUGAAGAUGGCGUUGAGAGAAAAUGGCGGCCAGUCCAUCAAACGGACAACAAAACUUCCAGCAAAGGUUGUGUUAAUUCACUCAAAGGACCUGGUAAACCUCUGUGAUAAACUUCCUAAGGUACCUAACCGGGCAUCGUUAACUCAUACUUUGAUUAUAGCCUAUGGACUCUUGGAAAAUACUAGAAUUGUUGAACCACGGCAAGCCUCAGCACACGAGCUUUCAGCAUUUCACUCUUUGGACUAUGUUAAGUGCUUAGAAAAGCUUGCAAGCAACUGUGAUGAUGAGGAAAUGGAAGAAACAGCUGCUGAAUAUGGCUUGGGGUUUGACUGUCCCUUAUUUGAUGAUUUGUUGGAUUGCAUGUCGGUUAUUGCUGGGGGUACACUCACUGCUGCAGAGAUGUUGAACAAAAAGGAAUGUUCCAUAGCAAUCAAUUGGCAAGGAGGCUGGCAUCAUGCCCAAAGGAAUGAAGCAUCUGGAUUCUGCUACAUCAAUGAUGUUGUCCUGGGAAUUUUGAAGUUGAGAGAGAAGUUUGACAGGAUUCUUUAUGUUGACAUUGAUCUUCACCAUGGAGAUGGUGUUGAAGAUGCUUUUUCUUUUACUUCAAAAGUGAUGUCAGUAUCAUUUCAUAAAUUUUCCCCUGGAUUUUUCCCAGGCACAGGUGGGUGUCAUGAUGUGGGUUUAGGCAAAGGAAAGUAUUACACAGUUAAUGUACCCCUCAAGGAUGGAAUUACUGACAAGCCUUUCAUAGAAAUAUUUUCAAGAUUUAAUUUCCUUGCUGCACUCUGUAGGGUCAUGUCAGAAGUUAAAAAGAGAUUCAAGCCAAGCAUAGUUGUUUGUCAGUGUGGGGUUGAUACACUAGCUGGUGAUCCCAUGGCCUCUUUUAACCUCACUCAAUAUAGCAUUGGAGAGUGUGUGAAAUACCUGAUGGAAUGGAACUUGCCUUUGUUAUUACUUGGAGGAGGAGGGUACAAUGUCAAGAAUUCUGCAAGGUGCUGGGCAUAUCUGACUGGUGUGGUUCUAAAUCAACAGUUGUCACCUGAUAUCCCAGAACAUGAGUAUUUUCUGGAAUAUGGACCUGAUUACCAACUCCAUAUUCCUGCAGGCAGGAGAAAAGAUAUGAACACCCCAGAAGAUAUUGCAAAUCUUCUCAACACUGUAACAGGAAAUCUGCAGAAGAUUAGAUGACAAAUUUAACAAUAAUUAGCGCAUGUGGAUUUUUGCCAAUGGACAAACUUUAUCAAAUUUUUGAAUAAUGUUUAUUUUGAGGUAAUGCAUUUUUAAUUAUUAGAAUGCUUACCAAGAAUUGAGACAAUUUUGCGAAAUAAUUUGCCUUUUUAUUCUCACCCUGUAAAAUAUUUAUUGUGAUAUUCAGGCAGUUGUUGGAAAAUAUUUUGUUUCAGUCUACUUUAAUCAAGAAAUCAUUUUUGUACUGCAAAAACAAGAAUUCUCUCUGUAAAAUAUUUCAAGUGGAAACAAGUGCUUUAGAUAAGAAAGGUUGUUACAUUAUAAACUUGUAAAUGAUUUGUUUUCCACAGCUGGAUAUUAAAAGUGUGGUCAUAAAUAA